UCUUAUCCACAUGAGGCGGAGUGGGGUUCAGAUCGUCCUCAAGCUGGAACUCACCGCAUCAUUUACAAUUCACCAGCCUCUUCACGGAAUCAUCCAUCGUCCCGUCGUCCCUUACAAUGGAAACCUCGGCCCCGGAAUCUACCGCGCCACAAUCUUUCCUCAGCUCCCCCUCCACCUCGAACGGCAACUCCGACGAUCUGACGUCGACAAGGGACAAAGUGGUUGUGUUUUGUGCAUCCGCAGUCCUCUCUACUGCCGAGUCGGUCUUCUCAUGGGCCGCUGGGCGCACAAGCAACCGCUCUGAUGGCCGGCCAAGAAGUAAUGACAACGUCACCCUGGUACUCGUUGGAGGCGUGGGGCACUCGACGACGCUGCUCCAUGAUGCAGUCAAGAAGCAUCCUGUGUUUAACACUAUCGCCGACGAGGUUGAUGGGAAGCCAGAAGCUAGAGUUUUGCAAGCGAUUGCUGAGCGAUUUUACAAUCUUUCCAUCUACAAUGGCCAGCUAGGUCCAGGAUCUGAUAGGGUUGCGAAUGACGGGCAAGGCGGAUUGCUCAUCCUUGUCGAAGAUCAAUCUACAAACUGCGGAGCCAAUGCGUCCGAGACUCGAAGGGUUCUCGAAAGACACGGCAUCAAAUCGCCGCACUCAAUUGUGGUUGUCCAGGAUCCGACAAUGUGUCGGAGAACCGUUGCCUGUUUCGAGCACACGUACUGGGAUAUCUCUCAUGGCACCCUUCAAAUCUUGAGCUGGCCGACCCUUGUUCCGGAGGUGUGCGUCAAAGAGACCUUGCAGAAUGAGCUUGCACCAUCACUUUCAUCCCUCGCCUACAUAAACCAGGGACAAAUACUCACUGAGGAAGAUGGGAUGUGGUCAAUGGACCGGUUUUUGGAUCUUCUAAUGGGAGAGAUUCCGAGGCUGAGGGAUGAUGCAAAUGGGUAUGGGCCAAACGGCCGAGGGUUUAUUGGCCAUGUGGAAAUCCCGCCUACUGUUGAGACGGCUUGGGAAAUGGUGGAGAGCUUCUUGCGAGAUAAUAAAGGGGAGAACGUAUCCCAGCGACAGCAAGUGGGAGCUUGAUAGAUGGCGUCACGAGUAGAAGGAAACGGAACGGCAGCAGCAGGUUCUUUCAAUAGGUUUAUUGUUUACGAAUAUGUGGCAGCUCACAGUUAGAGUGCAUAUAGAACCAUACUCAAGCCAAAUCACUGAGAAGGAAGUGAAAUUUCACAAUCUUCUAAAAAUAAUUAAUAAAUAUACU